CUGAGUCCGUGAGCGAGUUGAGUCGAGUCGAGUCGUUAACGUCGAGCGGAUAAAAUUUUGUUAAAAAGCCCAGAUACAUAGAUACAUUUUGCACAUCUUUUUGUGUUAGAGUCAAAGAACUAAAAUAAGACUUUCAGAUCUAGCAAAUAUGUCCCAUAGUUCCCCGAGACGCGUAUCCACUGCUGUAGCCACUUAACAAACAAUGCCCAAAGUUAAGGCGCACGGAAUCUCUAAUAAUCGAAACCAAUAAAAUGAGCCCCGUUGCCUGCAGCACCAACACUAACAUCGGUCACAUCGAGCAGGUUGCAGGCAAUCAAAGGACAAAUAUAGCUGGGAUAAGAUCAAUCCAAAUUGGAACAACCACAAUCACAACGAUAUUGAACCAGCGAUGAGAUGGAGCGUCCGUUGGGAUGACGAACUCAGAAACUCAGUAAGGGAGCUGCAACUGAUACUGAAACUGAAACAGAAACCACAGCGGCACUCGGAAUUUAGAGGCGACGAAAAUAGAAAAUCUGUGAAAUUCAACCCAAAAUAAACGGCAGAGGCAGCCAUGAACAGUGCGGAUAUAUUGUAAUUAUUAAUGAGCGCAUAGAGCGGGCAGAGUGAGCGGGGUGACGAAGCAGCAGCGACGAACAGAGCGAUACGUAGCGGGAUAUCACGAUGUACACUCUGCUGGAGCUCGACUAACACACUGACACACACCCACCCCAAGCCCAGGACCCCCAGUCCCGACAGAUUCCCCACAGGACGUAAGGACGACGGCAGGCAAGAAAGGCAACGAAAGGCUCAAUUUCAAGGAAUUUGCAAAGCGCUCGCAGACAAGCUCACCAGUUCAACAGCUCACCCACACACACACACACACACAUGAGCGGGCAUCUCGUCAGGAUAGAAGUAAUUAAAAGUAAAUAAAGAAGGCAAGAGAAAACCAAAAAAAAAAAAGAAAGUCCCUAAAGCGUGAAGCGCUGGAAAGGCAGGAAGUAACCUGAUUACGGGCAGAGAAGCAGCACAAGCAGCAGCAGCAGCAAUUAAUGCCGCAGGAGAAAGGAAUCCGAUUCAGAACCAGAAGCAGAAGCAGAGGAAGCGCAUCAGGAUCUGCUGCCACUGGACUGAGCUCGACUCGAUCUACCAUCACGCGAACGCGGACCGAGGAUUGGAGAAAGGAACAGAAGAGAAGAAAGGAAGCACUCUCUAAGCUCUAAACACCCACUCAACCAUACACAUGCACUGAUGUACUGACUGAAUGCCUCGCUGCCUAAACAACCAACUAACUCACUGACUGAGAGACUUCAACAAGCGGAGAAGUACGGAGAAAGCCCUGACUAGAAGCCCAAGUAGCCGAGCGGAUAAAAAAAAAGGGGGAACCAGCUAGCAACUAAACUAAAGGAGCAACCUUGACUAAUAACUGCAACCACAAGAACAACAACAAAACAACUACAACUUACUUUAUACGCAACUAAACAAAAAAAAAGGGAAAACAAACAAAAAAGAAUAACCAAAAAACAAAAACUUCGAUUUUUAAUGCAAGACUACGAAAAGCCACGACAGCCGUUUUAAAUAAGCAACUUUCGCACCCUCCCGAAAUUUCAACUUCCAACACCUGAAACAAGAAACCAAAUCAACACACAAACACCCAAACACACAGCACCACCAUGAGUGAUUCAAAAAUGGACAAGCUGGCCCGGAUGGCGCCCCUGCCCCGCACACCGCUGCUAACCAUCUGGCUGGCCAUCAACAUGGCCCUGAUUGCACAGGAAACGGGCCACAAACGGAUCCAUACAGUGCAAGCGGCGACUGGCGGUGGCAGCAUGCUGGGUGACGUAAACAUAUCCGCUAUUCUCGACUCCUUUAGUGUUAGUUACGACAAAAGAGUAAGACCCAAUUACGGUGGACCUCCUGUCGAAGUCGGAGUCACCAUGUAUGUGCUAUCGAUCAGCUCGCUCUCAGAAGUGAAAAUGGACUUCACAUUGGAUUUUUACUUUCGUCAAUUUUGGACCGAUCCUCGUUUAGCGUAUAGAAAACGACCUGGUGUAGAAACACUAUCGGUUGGAUCAGAGUUCAUUAAGAAUAUUUGGGUACCUGACACCUUUUUUGUAAAUGAAAAACAAUCAUAUUUUCACAUUGCAACAACCAGUAAUGAAUUCAUACGUGUGCAUCAUUCUGGAUCGAUAACAAGAAGUAUUAGAUUGACUAUAACCGCAUCGUGUCCGAUGAAUCUACAAUAUUUCCCCAUGGAUCGCCAGCUGUGCCACAUUGAAAUCGAAAGCUUCGGUUACACGAUGCGAGAUAUCCGAUAUUUCUGGAGAGAUGGACUGAGUAGUGUUGGCAUGAGCAGUGAGGUCGAACUACCGCAGUUCCGAGUUUUGGGACACAGGCAGAGGGCGACCGAAAUAAACCUAACCACAGGCAACUAUUCGCGUUUAGCCUGCGAAAUUCAGUUCGUGCGUUCGAUGGGCUACUACCUUAUACAAAUCUACAUACCCUCUGGACUGAUCGUUAUUAUAUCAUGGGUAUCAUUUUGGCUCAAUCGCAAUGCAACGCCGGCGCGUGUGGCGCUCGGUGUGACAACCGUGUUGACAAUGACCACUUUGAUGUCGUCAACAAAUGCAGCGCUGCCAAAGAUUUCGUACGUCAAAUCGAUUGACGUCUAUCUGGGAACAUGCUUCGUUAUGGUCUUUGCCAGUCUACUGGAAUACGCCACGGUCGGCUACAUGGCAAAACGAAUUCAAAUGCGAAAACAAAGAUUUAUGGCGAUCCAAAAGAUAGCCGAACAGAAAAAGCAACAGCUCGACGGAGCGAACCAACAGCAGGCGAAUCCCAAUCCCAAUGCAAAUGUGGGCGGACCCGGAGGAGUGGGCGUUGGACCCGGCGGACCCGGAGGACCCGGUGGCGGGGUCAAUGUGGGCGUCGGUAUGGGCAUGGGACCGGAACAUGGCCACGGGCAUGGACACCACGCCCACAGCCAUGGACAUCCGCAUGCGCCCAAGCAAACAGUGAGUAACCGCCCAAUCGGCUUUUCCAAUAUCCAACAAAACGUUGGUACGCGCGGUUGCUCGAUAGUGGGACCCUUGUUCCAGGAGGUGAGAUUCAAGGUCCACGACCCGAAGGCCCACUCCAAGGGCGGAACGCUGGAGAAUACGGUGAAUGGCGGACGCGGUGGUCCGCAAUCGCAUGGACCGGGUCCGGGCCAAGGCGGCGGACCGCCCGGCGGUGGCGGAGGCGGUGGAGGCGGGGGCGGACCGCCCGAGGGCGGUGGCGAUCCGGAGGCAGCGGUUCCAGCCCAUCUUCUGCAUCCGGGAAAAGUAAAAAAGGUAAAGGACAUCAACAAGCUGCUGGGCAUCACGCCCUCCGACAUCGACAAGUACUCACGCAUCGUGUUCCCCGUGUGCUUCGUGUGCUUCAACCUGAUGUACUGGAUCAUUUACCUGCAUGUCAGCGACGUGGUCGCCGAUGAUCUGGUGCUCCUGGGCGAGGAGUAGGGCGUCGUCCACAAGCGGCGCAAGCAGUCGAGGGCGUGGCCCAAGGACACAGGAGUGAACAGCGCGCGAGAGAGUCAAACUUGGCAGGGCGCUGAAAAACCACACAAAAAAUAGAAAAGAAAAAUAAAACCCAGAAACCAAAACCCGCAAAAAAAAUACAGAAAAAUAGGCACAAAAAAACGAAGCGGAAACAAAACUAAUUUUAACUAGCGAUAUGAAAAUGCAGAGGCAGGAGAGUUUAUGGUUUAAUACAAUUGCGGGAAGGACACACACACACACACACAUAUUACAAGGUCGAAAGCAAAGAAUAUUGUUAAAUAGAUUUACACAGAAUAUAAAAGAAAACAUAAAGAAAACAACAUUAGCAUUAACAACCAAACGAGUAUAAAUGAAUGAAGAAUAAUCAAAAGCAACAGAUUAGCAAAUUGUAGUGAAAAUUAUAUAACGAAAGGCAUAAGGCGAAGGUAUUGAGGAGAAUUAUGAACCGACAAAAAAAAACCAUUUCAACCACAAAUAUAAUAACGAUCAAAAAUCAUACGCAACAUAGGCAUUAAACGGAAACGAACGGUGACUUUGAGAAAAACCUCGAAAUAGCGCAGUCGAUAAGUUGAUUUCAACACACCAAAAUACUAGACAUUAAAUAAUUUCCAUUAUCUUUGCGGCGUUUUGAGUUUAAGUUUAAGAUACGAAUGUCCUUUGCUUCCCACUUCAAAAGCAAAACACCCGGAGAGUCUUCCUCUAAUUUAAGUGCGUUCCCCCUUUCAGCUGCACGCUCCCAGAAACCGCAAUGAAAAUCAAACCGGAACUUAACCGAUACUUAACCGAUACUUAACCGGAACUCACUAUGCUGAUCCAUUGAUUGCCCAUUCAGUUGGUUGAUUUGUUUAUUCAGAACUGACUUAGCGCUUCCAAGUGAAAUGGCCAAAUUUAUUAGAAAUCAAAAUGUAGUAAUGAUUAACAAUUUCGACAAUUGCAAAUCGGUUUGGCGAAUAAUUUCGUUAAGUUAACUUUAAAUGUAAAUCGAACACGAGGCAGUCACGUAUGAUCGAGUGGUUUUUAAUCAUUUGCACAAGACACAACUAAAAAACACACACAUAUGUACACACUGAACUCGAUACGGAUGUUAUGGAUUACUUUGGAGCGUGCACAUUUUAUAAAAAAAAAAGCAUCGGAGAUAAGUCAUACAAAUAGUUAGUGCAAUUGAAAUAGCGAAAUAAUAGUAUGAACGAUAACGAUUCAUUUUAGUUACACCAAUUUUUAUAUCAACUUUAAACUAACAACAAAUUAUUCAAUAUGCACUCACUCACUCACUGAACACAAGAAUCAAACUGAAACCGAUAUAAAAACUAAAAACUUUUCGAAAACAACUUUGCGGCACCGUAAGAAAUCAAUCUAAAGUCUAAGUGAAAUUUUCAAACGCAAGUAAGCCCAAUAAAUACCAGUUAAUUAAAAAACGAAUACAAAUAGAACAUAGAACAUAAAGAGUACACAAGUAUGAAUGAAACUGCCUAAGAAAAAUAGCAUAUAAGGUAUAACAAAUAGUUGCUAAAACCAAAAAAAAAAAAAAACAAAACAAAAACCAAACAAAAAAUUGAACGAAGACAAUUGAUUUUCAAUUUGUAAAUACACACAGAAGACAGUCGGAACAUUCUCAAAGCAAAGUAGGAGCAAAACUUCGCAAUUAAACUUAGUUAAUGUAAUCGGAUCCGAUUAAGCGAUUAACUCGGAUUCGUUCAAGCAGUCAAUAAAGCGAUAAGCAAACAAAAGAUAAUUAUACUUACGAUGCACCGUCUUAAGUUAGCCUAAUGUCACACAGAUACACACCAACACACUGACAGGCAGACAAUGGGACACAGAUACUCGACGUAUAUAUCGACAUAUACAUAUAUAUAUAUACAUAUAUAUAUUUGAAUUUUCGCUCAAGUUCCUCGAUGAAUCACAGACACAAAGAGAAAGAAGCAAAAGAAGAGUUAAGUUAAUUCUAACACAUAAAUUAAAGGCAAGUGAGUUUAACUUUAAACGUAAAAUAAAGAAAUUAAAAUACAAUUUAGCACAAUGGAGAUAACUAAGCAAGCCAUACCAAAAUAUCAUCAAUGAAUUUUAAUUUAGUGUUUAUGAUUAGUGCAAGUGCAGAUCAGAUCGUAAGGCUAAAGAAUUUUGUACAGUUAGCUAAAGUUAAAGCUAGGAUUUAGUUAAGCGCCAUAAUAUGGCCAAAACACACACACACACACAGACAACCACAAGUAUAUGUACAUAGAGUAUGGCUUAAGGCGACACAAGUAUAUGAGAUAUAUAUAUAUAUUCAUAUAACGUAUUUAGGCACCUACGUAUAUGUAGCACGAGUUUUUUAUAUGUAAACCAAACCAAAAUUGAACCCCUAUUCCCUAUGGAAAACGAGAAAAACACGAAAAACAAUUAACUGUAUAUACGAAAAGUACUUAUGAAUGCAAGACAGACAGCAUAGGCGAAUGCGGAUGGUGGUGACCCAAUAUGGAUCAGCUAUGGAACCAUAGAUAUACUUAAGACGAAACCUUUAAUCCUUCUUCUUAAGGACUACCUAACCAAUUCAGCAGAAUGACAACAGAAGAGAGAACCCAAGGAAAAUUACUUUAUUAACGAUCUAGACAGACACAAACACUCACUGAGACAAGUUGAAAGAAUUGAAACAAUUAUGAAAUAACAGACAGAGUCGUGACUCGACUAUUCGAUACCCUUUAGCCACAACCUCCAUCGUCUGUCUGCUCUACGUCAAAAUGCACCAAGAGUCCUUACCCAUUUUGUACCAAUAGUUGGCUAAAGAGUAUCCCCAAUCUUAACUAGGAAUCUGAGCGAAAGAAAGCAAUAUAAGGUUUACACAAAAAUAAUAAUUGAUUUAACAAUUAAUUUAUGAUUUACUGAGCCAAGUGAAACGGAUUUGAAGCAACAUGCAAUUGAGAUCAACCAGCCAUACAAAACAUUCCCCAAGAAAAUAGUUAUGAUCCGAGGACUCGGCAACAUAAAAGUGAAAUCGGUGAUAUGGAACAUAAAUAAUAUAUAUCUGCUUAUAUAUUAAAAACCAAAAACAGUCACACAAUUAUAUAUAUAGAUAUAUUUUGUAGCUAUACAAGUCAUAAAUCAAUUAUGUUACCGAAGACAGAAAUCAAAAUGUUUACAAAUGGCUGAUGAAGUUCAUUUGUGAAAAUUCUAUAAAAUAAAUAAUCCCUAUAAAUGAGGUCAAAUAAAUUUUUGAUGCGACAACAACAACAACAACAAAUAGCUGCUCAACGGUUUCGGAGCGUAUUUCCAAAGAACGUAAAUUAAUGAUGAAAACAAAAAAAAAAAACAUUUUAGUUGUAAACAAUGCAAAGGCGAAAUAGUUGACAAACAUUUUUAAUGAAAAGAAAACACACUUAAUGGCAAAUUGAUACGUUUAAUUUUUCAUAUGGAAUUUUUUACUCUACAACCUAGUUUACGAUAUUAUUUGUGGAAAUGAAAAACCAAGAAAUUUAGUUGCCCAUAGUGAGGACUUUUUUAUAAAUGAAAAACAAAUUAACGACGCAAGACGAUGAUAUGCAUAUGUACGUGCUGCGUAUGCAAGAGCAUUUAGGACAACAACAAAAACAAUGAGGACGGAGCAUUAAAAAUAAAAAAAAAUGCAAAAAAAACGAUGAAAAUAUGUAAAAUGUUAAAUUAUACACACAAUGAAAUGUUUGAAGCAUUUUUGGUGUCGCUGUUUAGACGGCGGCACCAACACCAACGUUUUAUAAAGCAACCGAAUGGGAGAAAUAAAUAAGUAAAUCUAUAUUGAUGAUCGAUAUAUACGUGAUGCGAUGUAAUAAUUACGUAUGUAUGUAUAUGAUGUAUAUUUAAUUAUAUAUUAUAUAUGUAUGGUGGUCUCAAAAACAAACAAGCAAAACCAAAAAUGAAAUUCUAAAGUAUUUAGUUAAGCAAACCAACAAGUUGAGAGCCCUAGAUUAAGUUGUACCACACAAUACACAGAUGCAGAUGCAGAUGCAGAAACUGAAACUGAAACAGACACAGAUACAGAUACAGAUACAGAUACACUGAUAUAAACCGGAACCCAGUUCAUGCAGAUUGCACCGAAAGCGUAAUUAAAAACAUUUUUAAAGUGAAUUCAAAGUUAAUGCAAGUGAAUAUUAUUAUUGAGAAAUAGUCUAUAACCCUAGGCAGCAAGACGAGAUAUUGAUUGAACCAUGAAUUGUUAGAAUGAUAAAAACACACACUAAUCACACACCACACAUACUUACGGUUGUACGUUGCAUACUCUUAGUUUGUUAUUAAACAAGUCCCCCACUCCGCAUCCGUUAUCCGUUGAAUCCUUUGCUCAAGCAAAUUCCAAAAAAAAAAUAAGAAAUUCGCAAAUUUGUUAUUACAUUUUUAGGAUGAGAGAACCCAGAAACUAAAGAUAACCCUUCCGCGGGCCCUGGCUACUGAAAUAUAUGUAUAUGUGUGUAUGAUUUGUUAGCCAUCAAUUUACCAGCUUCAAGUCUCAUACCAUCGUCGUCGAGCAGUUACAGCUAUCGAAGAGGAGUGUUUCUAUAUAUAAUUUUUGGUUUUAUCCGUCCAUCAAAAAGAGUUCCUAAAUGCAAUAAAUGAACAUGUUUUAUGAUUACCAGCCAGCCGGCCUGCAAACUGUUAGGAUCCCAAAAAAAAAAACCCAUAGUUCACAUUGGUCUGCUGUCAAUUAUUGGUUCCACAGCCCCUCCACGACGAUUAUUUCCAAUUCCCAGAUUUCAGUUGCUCAACCCAUCAGCCUUGGAAACCCAAAAAAUGAAACACAUCCACAUCCAUAUAAGUAUAUAAGCAAGCUAUGUUUGAGAAGGGAAAAGCAAGAGGAAUAAUUUAAAACGUAAUGCGUAUGUAAUGAUUGAUCACUGAUCACAAAUUUUGACUGUGUUAAUUUCGUUAUAUAAAAUGAAAAACAAAAUUAAAAAUACCAAAAAAAAAAAAAAGGAAAACUGAAAUGAGAAUAAUUAUCUAUAGCAUAUAAAUGAUAAACACACACAUAACAAAAUAAUUAAAAAAGGGAAAAUAAUGAAGAGAUGAGUGUUACAAGAAAGUAAAUGAUAAAACCCAAGAAGGAACCUAUAUUAUUAAGUUAAAUACUAAAACU